CGAUCUGCGAGCUCCCGUUCCACCCCAUCAGCUCGGAUUGGCUGGGAGGACACGGCGGAACGUAAGCACAAUCCUGAAUUACCUCCUUCUCUGCAUUUUUGUUGCUGCAAUUACGCUCUGAAUCUAUCUGUGUGUGCUCGCUGCAUCUAGGUGCGUGAUACUGGUGCAUCAAAGUUACAGUCUGCACCAUGUUGCUGGAAAAAGUUUCGGGUGCAGGACGCCAAGAAUUUCGGGUGGGAGAUCAAUGGGGACAUCAACUACAACUGGAAAAAGUUGCUGGAAAACAAGCUGGAGCGGAUCGUCGGAAUGUCGUCUGCGCGGAGGCUAAUUUCUUCCAACAAGGAUAUGUUUGUCUUCUGCUGACCAUGCGCAUGAGCCACAAGGGUUCCAUGGGGAUACAACAGCAGCAGGACGACCAUGACUCCAUCAAUUGCAAGCUCCAGACUCGAAGGAGGCUGUAUGCAAGGCACCAAGGUGCAUGGUGCUCGCAAGCGACGAACGGAGGCUGUUCGACAUCGGCUACACAAACCACCAUUGAGCUCCAGGUCUAUGAAAUUUGAAGUUCGAAGCUGUAUAUCCCUACUCAGCAAAGAGCCGUAUAGACUGUAAAUAUUGUAAUAUUGUAAUAGUAGGCAUAUUUGGGUUGUAAUACACUAUGUACAGAUUGUGGUAGACUUAGUUGUAUUUGGUAAACUAUAUUUGUACGACUUAGUUGUAUUUGGUGAACUAUAUUUGUACUGUUCCGUCUGAAAUAUUGACUAUGUAUGUCAUUUGAAAACAUGUGGAAUGGAAACC